AUGGAUUCCAGCGCCCAUAAAUUCUAUCCUGUACACGGCUUUGAUUCUAGAGACCAUCUGGAAACAUAUUUUUCUAACAAACAAGAAAUGGGCUUUGGAGAUGAUUCAAUAAAAUUUCCAAUGGAAUGUUUAGACCGUGCAUUCAGUGAGGGUCACAUUAAGGGAGAUCUUUUGAUUGACAUCAGUAUUGGAUCCCUCAUUCAUCAUCUCUAUGCAGCCAGUGGAUAUUUCAAACAGAUCCUUGUGCUGAAGGUCUCUGAGCAAUGUAUUAUGGAGCUGAACAAAUGGAUUAACACACGUACCGGAGCAUUUGAUUGGUCUCACAUAAUGCCAUAUAUUAAAUGCACAGAAGGAAAUAGUGACCAGUGUCAGGACAAAGACAUGACAUUGAAGACGGCAAUAACAAAGGUCAUAAAAUUUGACAUUGACAAAGAGAAUCUCACAGACCCGGAGGUGCUCCCACCAGCAGACUGUGUCUUCAUUGGAAUGAUGUUUGAGUUCAUCAGCAAAGACCAAGAUGAUUAUAUAAAGAAUUUCAGAAAAUUUGUGAAGCUACUAAAACCUGAAGGACACCUGAUAUUGUUUGGCGUUUUAAAUACAACUUAUGCAAUGAUUGGGCAGGACAAGGUACAUGUGUUCAAAUGUGAUGAGAACUUUGUAAGAAAAGUUCUCACUGAUGAAAGGUUUGUUAUUGACCACAGUGCAGUCCAGAAAAGAACAGCAGUGAGUGACCAUACAGACUAUGAGACUGUUAUAUUUAUCACAGCUCAUAGAGAGUAAUAAGGUUCUCAUAUUGAGUCACAUGCUGUGUCGGGUGCAGUUGAGCAUUUUCUUUUUACUGCAGAUGUGUCUAAAUCGCACUGUGCAUACAUCCUGAUUGUGGGCCUAAUUCAGACCUGGUCGCAGCAGCAAAUUUCUUAUCUAAUGGGCAAAAACAUGUGCACUGCAGGUGUGGCAGAUAUAACAUAUGCAGAGAGAGUUAGAUUUGGGUGUGGUGUGUUCAAACUGAAAUAUAAAUUGCAGUGUAAAAAUAAAGCAGACAGUAUUUACCGUGCACAGAAACAAUAUAAACCACCCAAAUCUAACUCACUGCACAUGUUACAUCUGCCCCCCCCCCUGCAGUGCACAUGGUUUUGCCCAUUAGAGAACAAAUUUUCUGCUGUGAUCAGGUCUGAAUUAGGUGUUCCCAGGUGUGGUUUCA